ACAAGCCCCAACCGCGUAAAAUUUUCCAUUUGUUUCCCAUUUCCCCAUCAAUUCCCCGAGAAAAAAAGGAGCCCCGAUAUAUCCAUUUCCAUCAUAAUUCCUUCUCUUUCCCCCAUCUCCCACCGUCUUCCCCUUCGUUCUCUCCGUUCUGCCUAAAUUGAUCUUUAAAAUCCAUUUUGUUUCUGGUACAUAAACCCUGUAUUUUCAAAUCAGUUUCUGAAAUUCAGAUCCUCUCUCCUUUUUCAACGUCAGAGGCAGCAUUUCUUUGAUUCCAUGAGUCGCUACGAUUCUAACCCGUUUGAAGAGGAAGAGGUGAAUCCUUUCUCGGACCCAAAAGUGAGGAAAGGAGCGAGGCAACCAAAUUAUGGUGGAGGUGCCUUUUAUACAACAAAUCCUGGAAGUGUCCCUCCUGCAACCUCAAGGCUUUCACCCCUUCCUCCUGAACCAUAUGAAGGUGGUGCUACAGUAGAUAUUCCUCUUGAUUCAGCAAAGGAUUUGAAAUCAAAGGAGAAGGAACUCCAUGCAAAAGAGGCUGAAUUGAAAAAGAGGGAACAGGAACUAAAACGCAGGGAAGAUGCAAUAGCACGGGCCGGAAUUGUGAUAGAGGAGAAAAAUUGGCCACCCUAUUUUCCUAUUAUCCAUCAUGAUAUUUCAAAUGAGAUUCCAAUUCACCUACAAAAGUUGCAGUAUGUUGCAUUCACAACAUUAUUAGGUUUGGUUUUGUGUCUAUCAUGGAAUAUUAUAGCUGUUACCACAGCCUGGAUCAAGGGAGAAGGUCCAACAAUUUGGUUUCUUGCAAUUAUAUACUUCAUAUCUGGAGUUCCUGGAGGUUAUGUGUUGUGGUAUCGCCCCCUGUAUCGUGCUAUGAGGACAGACAGCGCGUUGAAGUUUGGGUGGUUUUUCUUGUUUUACAUGCUUCAUAUUGGCUUUUGCAUCUUCGCUGCAGUUGCUCCUCCAAUUAUUUUCAAGGGAAAAUCUCUGGCAGGUAUUUUACCUGCGAUAGAUCUCUUGGGCCAGCAUGCUUUGGUUGGGAUAUUUUAUUUUGUUGGUUUUGGGCUUUUCUGUGUUGAAUCAUUGCUCAGUGUCUGGGUUAUUCAGCAAGUUUACAUGUACUUCCGAGGAAGUGGUAAAGCUGAAGCGAUUAAGCGUGAGGCUGCUACACGCACUAUGAUGGCCGCUCUAUAACCUGGACCCAGUUAGAAAAGAUUGAAAUUUUCCGAAGGAGUUGGAUCUGCAGUAGAAAGUUCAUUUCCUCAGUCCUAGCAGACCAUUGCUCGUUCGCUGAGUUCAUUUUCUUGAUAUGUUAUAAGCAAAUUUUUGAAUGAAGAAUCUUGAGAAUUCUGGAGUUCACAUGGGAUGAGUAUCAGACUGCAUCAUCCAGGCCAACCAAGACACUGAUUUCCUAUGGUUAGUUUUCUAUUGUAUGAAGAAAAUGCUAUUACCUGGUGCAUUGCGUAGCCUUAUUGGAGGAAAAUAUACAUUUGAUUUGUUGAUAAUAGAUUGGAAUCUGGGAUUAUUACGAAACAAGACCAGGAACUUGAUUCCAUCAAUAAUACCAUUACCUCUAU